CAGGCAGCUAGCUUCUCGCUGCGGAUUGUUUGUUGUCAUCAAGAUGGAGUUCUUGUUGGGGAAUCCGUUCAGCACUCCCGUUGGACAGUGCAUUGAGAAGGCCACCGAUGGCUCCCUGCAGAAUGAGGACUGGACGCUCAACAUGGAGAUUUGUGAUAUUAUCAACGAGACAGAGGAAGGGCCCAAAGAUGCCAUCCGCGCCGUCAAGAAGAGGCUGAACGCGAACCGAAACUUCCGGGAGGUGAUGCUGGCUCUGACCGUGCUGGAGACUUGUGUGAAGAACUGCGGCCACCGCUUCCACGUGCUCAUAGCCACCCGUGACUUUAUCGAUGGCGUCCUGGUGAAGAUCAUUUCUCCAAAGAACAACCCUCCCACCAUAGUGCAGGACAAAGUGCUGGCACUGAUUCAGGCUUGGGCAGAUGCCUUCAGAAGCAGUCCAGACCUGACCGGAGUUGUACACAUUUAUGAAGAGCUGAAGAGGAAGGGUAUAGAGUUCCCCAUGGCUGACCUGGAUGCGCUCUCGCCCAUCCACACACCUCAAAGAGGUGUUCCAGAGAUAGACCCAGCUUCACAUAAGUACCAAGCUCCUCCACAGCCCAAACCUGCACCUCGCACAACUCAGACGGCUGCUGCUGCUCCGGCUUCUGACUUCAACACCCCUCAGAUUCCCAGUGUUACUGGACCCAUCGCAGCCAACCCAGAGCAGAUUGCCAGGCUGAGGAGUGAGCUGGAUGUUGUACGUGGAAACUGCAAAGUGAUGUCAGAGAUGCUGACAGAAAUGGUUCCUGGCCAAGAGGAAACUUCUGACCUUGAACUUCUUCAGGAGCUAAACAGGACAUGUCGAGCCAUGCAGCACAGGGUAGUGGAGCUCAUCUCCCGCGUGUCCAACGAAGAGGUCACAGAAGAGCUGCUGCAUGUCAAUGACGACUUAAACAACAUCUUCCUGCGAUACGACAGGUAUGAGAGAUACAGAGUGGGCCGAGCAGCACAGAACAAUGGAGUGUUAAAUGAGGCUUCAGAGGAGGAUAAUCUGAUUGAUCUGGGUCCUGGCUCUCCAGCUGUGGUCAGUCCUCGGGUCAGUGCUGCAGCCACACCUACACCGCCCUCCAGCCUGACUCCUGCUGCUGCUGCCACCUCCCUCUCCACACAGCUCGCAGGACUGAAUAUGGAAGGAAACAGUGUGAGUGGUACGCUGAGCUCGCUGUCCACCCAAAACCCUCGGGACGAUUUUGACAUGUUUGCCCAGACUAGAACCAGCUCCCUCGCCGAUCAGCGCAAAAAUGUAAAAUAUGAAGAACCGCAGGCUCUCGGCGGACUGGCUUCCGCUCUGGACGUACGACAGCAGAAUGCUGCUGGGCUGAGUGUAAAAGGUGAUAACGCAGAAAUGGAGCCCAUAGACAGCUGGCUCAUUACCCAAGGAAUGAUUCCUGUAUCGCAGUCCUCUGUCAUGGAUGACAUUGAGGAGUGGCUCUGUGCUGAUGUGAUUGGAGAUAAGCCUGAGGAGGGAGUCACUAGUGAAGAGUUUGACAAAUUCCUAGAAGAGCGGGCCAAGGCUGCCGACACCGCUUUACCGUCGCACCCCAGACGGGACCCCAGCCCUCCCAUGAGCGCACCAAGCAGCAGCCGCAAGAAAGCAGAGCGGACUGAGGACACGCUCUUUGCCUUGUAGAGAGCUAAGGUGGAGACAGGCUCCGCCUUUGUGCUCCAGCUCUGCUGUAGUGACCACCAUCCUCGCACCUUCCCAACGUCCACAUGCCUGCCGCCCCAUGCUGCUCUCCGCGUCUCUACCGGUCUCUUGAUGCGCUAAGGGUCCCCUGUACCCUCCUGUUCUCUUCCAUCACCUCAGUCCUCCUGGCUGGAGCAGCACUGCUUCUACACUGUGUUCAUGGCUCCUUUUCAAGGCUCCACAUGGCUCUGCCUGUGCCUUCAGGAGCAGAGGGAUGCAGUAAAGUCUUGUAGAUAUUACCAUUUAAACCAGUGACGUUCUCUGCAGGGAUGUUGUGUUGCAAUUUUACAUUUUUUUUUUUUUUUUUUUUUUAGAGAUGUUCAUUGAGUUCAUAGAGUUAAUUUGCUCCAGUUUAUUAACAGAAUGUGUAAUAUACUAAACCUGUGGAACUUUGCUUGUGUGAAACGCAUUGUUGGUCUCUUGCAUUCCCCUCAUUUACUGACUAAUUUGAGAUGACAUCCCACAAAAUAAUUCCUAUGCUUAUUUUAGUUUCGUCUAUACAUUUUCUAUUCCUUUUUUUUAAAUAUAUAUUCAAACAUCAUCGCUGUCAUGCGAAAUCUUGCAUUUCUAUUGUUCCGUUGAUUAUGAAAUUCUGUUACAAUAUAUAAAAACAGUAUAAAAACAGCCAGAUUCAUGUCAAAUCAAAAAGUAAACAAAGCCCUAUCCGGACAGGAUUAGUUUCUCAGGGGAACGUCUGUGAAAAAUAUUUCACACUUCUACUUAGUGAGUAAACUCAUGCAUCCGGACUGCAAUUGAAGGUUGGAAAUUGGAGUUUUUUAUUUUAUUUUAUUUUUUAGCUUUCUCACUCACAUGACAUCACGUUCAGUAGCUCCUUCGUUUCCACUCGCUGUUGUGUUUCUGCGGAUCUCCGUGGAAACGCGCGCCCAAACUGUUAUUACGGUGCGUGACAGUGGACAAAUAGCUAUUUUAUUAAACUACAAAUAUAGAGAAUAAAGGGUUUUUGCUUGACAACAACAAUAUGCCAGAUUCCACACUCCUUGUAGUUAAUGGUGAUGAUUAGUAGUAAAGUACUACAAUUACUACUAGUUACUGAAAACAAAGGGAAAAAAAAAAACACCAUCAGAAAAUGUUGUAUGUUAGCUGCACCUUCCCAGUGUUGCGCAUUGCUCCGAGUGUUGGCAUGUUAAACAAAGCCACCUGCACCAUGCUUUUCAUAACUAUUACAACCAUCAAAAUCAUUUAAACCAAAGACAGUGUAGCUGAAACUCACUCAGAAAUCUAUUCACUUCACUUGUUCUGAAGAUCUAAACAUAUUUCCAACAAACAGCUGCGACUGCAAGAAUAAAACACACAGUUUAAACAGUUUAAAGCACACAGUCUAGAUAACACUGUUUAGUGUUACAUUCUCCAGUAAAGUGAUUUUGAUUUGAAGUAUUACUGUAAAAGUAAAAAACAAAUGUUUAUUUUGGAUAAUCAUACACUUUUGUCUGUACGAUUUUUUGCACUAAGCUUUGUUUCAGGCUGUGUUGAAGUUUCAGCCCUGUCGCAUAGCAAACAAAAGCACACAGGAAGAGUCUGGACAGGAAAGUCUGCCCUGUUUGGAACGGGAUCCAAAAAGAAAUUUAAAAGAGAGCGGAUGGAAUUUGUUCUCUUUUGGCUCUCGACUUAUGGUAUUAUAUAUAUAACUGUAGCAUCAUUUGUAAACUAUGUAUUCAUAUGUAUACAUAAAUCUAUGUAUAUACACCACAAUAAUGUUUAUAUUGAGUAAUUUGAGUAUUUCUCAUACCUUUUGGGUAAGAUGUUCAGAAAGACUGCUUGUGUUUUUGGUUUUGUCUACUUUUUCUUCUCGUCUUAGUGCCAGUUUGUGACAAAAUACAAGAAAACGUAAAUGGCGUAGCAAGUACCUGAAUACCGUCACUGUCGGGUCUCAUUUUUUUGUUUUGUUUUGUUUUGAUGUCUUUUUUUUUUUUUUUUAUGAGAAAAUGCCAGCUGCCCUUUUUACCUUUUUGUUGUUAAACAGUUUCACAACCAUUUUGGAAAUGGUUCUAAUCUAGUGUCAUUAAAUUACACUAUGGGUUAGGGCUGCACGAUAUAUGAUUUAAGCAUCGUCAUUGGGAUGAGCGCAUGCACAAUAGUGACAUCACAGGGCAAUUAAAUCAAACAUGUCGUGUUGCAAUGUUUUGAUUCUUGACACAAGAAGUAGAUACACAGCGCUGUCUCUGUGUCUGUGUGAGUGACAGGCUGUGCUUCAAUCCAGCACAGUUUUGCAGUGCAGAUAUUUCCAGUUACAGCUGAAGUCAUGCUUUUAAUCCUAGAAAAACGCUCUUAUUUACCUUUUAAAAAUUGUGCGGGUGUGUGGGUGGGGGCGGGGCUGGUGACGUCAUGGGCCCUGCAUUGUUUAAUAUUGCGAUAUAUAUCGUCGAAAAAAAAUCUAUAACCAAUACCGUGCAGCCCUACUAUGGGUCAAAGGAAAUCUCUUUCCAGACAUUUGCUGCCUUCAAGUCGUGUCGGAAAUGAAAACAUGAACGCCACCACAAACUCAUAUUUACCAGUGGGAAACUAAGGUUUAGAUGUUUAGCUAAGCCACGAGUUUCUUAAUAACAGUAUGAAUCCUACAGUAAAAAGUAAAAAUGUUGAGCUUAUUAGCAAUAGUUUUAAGCUGUAGAAGUUAAACAAAUAAAUCAAUAAAAGGAUUUACAUUUUAAAACGUAAAAGUCUAGUAUAAUUCACGGUGGAUAAAAACAUCACUUAUCUAAUGCUUGUCUUAUGCCCCUAAAUUCUCUUUGAAUAGGGCAAAAUAAACCACCUGUUUUUUUUUAUAAUAAAAGAUCAAAAGUAUAAACAAAAGUUUAUAUUUUUCCCAAUGGCAUUCUUUUGCAUCAGACCAAAAAACACUCAGAACGCUUGUCAAGUUAAAGUAAUUACGACCCCUAAACUCCUAAGCAGGAAUUUCCAAAGAGGACUUGAAGGCAGCAAUAUAUUAAGCCUAGUCGUAGAUUGUUUUUUUUUUUUUUUUUGGAAAAACUCUAUUCAGAACUCUGUAUAUUCCAAGGCUAGGCUUAAUUCAUUUGAAUACACUUUUGAGCUGUUCAUGCUUUUCUGCAGUCAUUGGUUCUCCUGAAAACUGACUUUUACUUUACUUUUCCCAAUCAGACUUUUGUUUGUUCCAGCAACAAGAAUAGAUAGCAUCCACAAGUUCAUACAGUUUAAUAAUACUUGGUUACGUUAAGUAGAUUGAUGGAUAGAUGCAGUGUAGCUUAUUUGGCUUUAAGGGUAAGACAUUAUGAAAAUAAUACUGAUGGAAAUAUGACAGAAUAUGAUUGGAAGUUGAGCAUUGGUUUAAGAUUAAGAUUAGGUUUGAUUGGUGACUAAGCUUGUAAUUCAUUUUAAGAAAUGUAAAAUUUAAACAUUUUAGUAAUCAUAUAAAAAUUUCUUUAUUUUCUUUCACUCUAACUCCCAAACAUACUAAUAUUAUAUAUAUUAUCAGUGCAAAAUUAUUUAUACAUUAACAGUAUUUGAUCCUCUCAAGCAGUGUAGACAUCAUUAAACCAAAAAUGAUCAAAAACAGUUAAUUGAUUAAGGAAGAACUACAUAAAUUACUGCCCUCACAACAGCUUGAACUGCUUAAUUACCUGAACAGUAUUUUAGAUGGGGGUUUUUGGUUUGGUGAGAAAUGUAGGUAGACCUUAAGGACAGUUGGUGACCACAGCUUUAUAAAGACCACAGUAUUUUUUUAGUUUGUUUUAAAUCUACCAUCAAAAUGGUACAUUAUGUUUUUUUUUCUGAUAGGUCACUGAAAUGCAUCAGACUGCCAGUAAUCAAGUCUUAUCAAUGAAGCAAUUUACAUAAACUAAACUGUUACUGACUGUAGAUGGGUGUAGUAUAUACUUUACAACAGUAUAAAUCAGUAUAAAUCAUUUAAAAAUAAUUCAAUAUGCCAUCUUACACCCAUUAAUAUCUAUAUAUAACUGGUUAUAAAAUGUUCUUUUUGUUUGUUUGUUUGUAUGUAUGUUUGUUUAUAGCCUUCUGUUACUCAAACCAAUGAAAUUAAGAGCUGUCAGUAAUCCGUCUGUGUUCUCUAAAAAGCUUUGCUUUCAACCGAGGUGGCAAUCGUUAUUUGUAAUAACUGCUUUAAUGAAUGUUACCAUGUGACAUAAAAGUCUUAACUAUUUUGAUUAUUUAUCUCAAAGAUUAAUGUCCGUGUAUUUUAGAAUAUUGAAAUGUAAUAAAAUAAAAUCCUCUUGUGGGAUUUAAUGUUU